GCACUGUCGGCUGCAAAGUCGAACGAGCCCAACACCAAACCAAUCAGGUGUUCGACGAAAUGAUUCUUCAGACGUCAUUGAUCACGUGCUGCUGAUAAAGGGACACUGCUUUGAAUUAUACCGCUUAGCGACUUCAGUACAUGCCUCAUAGCUCCAGUCUCAAACUUAACCCCGUUCAUGAUGAUGAUGAUGAAGAAGAGGUGGUCUGCCUGCUGGAUGGAGAAAGACGCUCUCGUGGAAGAGGAGGCUGUUACAAUACAAAAACAAGUAGAGGUUGAGGCUGUUACCGUGAAAGACGAAGAGAAAGAGCUCUCAGUUAAAGAAGAGGAAGACUCGUUCAGAGUCAAAGAGGAGGACGGCGACGUUACAGUGAAAGAAGAGGAGGGGGAAGUGACUGGCACAUCGAAAAAUGAAGAAGAGGAGGAAACUGGAUAUCUGGGCCCGGUUUCCCAAGCGCAUCUUAAGGCGUCCGAUGGUUCUAACGAUGAAGGGGCCCUGAUUAACACGAGAGAGAGAUGUGACUAUUGUGGAUCCUCUGGGGGUUCUCAACAACCUCCUGAUGCUGACAGGGCAGAGAAUAGUCUCUCCACUUCAAAACACCUCAAGAAACACCAGCAGAGACCCACAGGGAAGAAAUCUCAUUGCUGCUCUGACUGUGGGAAAGGUUGCAAAUAUUCAUCAGAACUUAAAAUACACCAGAGAACACACACAGGAGAGAAACCUUAUAUGUGUGGUCAAUGUGGGAGGACUUUUUCUACAUCUAGCCAUCUGACAGUACACCAGAGAACACACACAGGAGAGAAACCUUAUAGCUGUGAUCAAUGUGGGAGGAGUUUUGUUCAAUCUAGCCAGCUGACUUCACACCAGAGAACACACACAGGAGAGAAACCUUAUAGCUGUGGUCAAUGUGGGAGGACUUUUACUACAUCCAGCCAUCUGACAUUACACCAGAGAACACACACAGGAGAGAAACCUUAUAGCUGUGAUCAAUGUGGGAGGAGUUUUGUUCAAUCUAGCAAUCUGACAGUACACCAGAGAACACACACAGGAGAGAAACCUUAUAGCUGUGAUCAAUGUGGGAGGAGUUUUGUUAAAUCUAGCCACCUGACUUCACACCAAAGAACCCAAAUGCAUGACAUUGGGGACUGGGCCCGAUCCAACAACAUGACUAUUGAGUGAACCCUGAAAAGAGAGCGAGAAUUAAGGUGGAAAGUUACUACGGAUAUCGCAGGAGUUGGUUGCUGAUUGUCUCAAGGGUGGGCAGUCAACCAGUUUUGCGUUUAGCCAGUGCGUUGCCAUGGAUCACAAUUUAUUUUGACUGCACGAUUUUUCCGU